UCUAUGGGUAUUGAUUGAAAAUUACUUCUAAAACUUUAAUAAUUUGCAACUCGUCUCAUUUUUAUCAUCAUUGGUGAAUGUCAGGAAAGGGUUGUCUCUGCCUCACUUAGACCAUUCUUUUUGCAUGUUUGGUCAUUGCUUCCAUAAUCUGUAUCAAAUUUAGUGCAUACUGCCCAAGCCUAGAUUACUGUCUAAGGGCUUUAAGCCACUUAAUCUUAUCUCGUCUCUUACAUCACUCUGCUCAAAAGCAUUCUCAUACUGAAUAGCUUGCUUAUUAGCUAGAGCUGUUACAAUCUGCUCUUUAAGUCAGCAUCCAGAGCCAAAAGACAGUUACUUUUCUACACCAGAAAGAAAAGCUUAAUAGACAAAAUUCUAUAGUUCUAUGAAGCGAUUACAUCAUUUUCACUGCUAAAUUUUAAAAAUGGGAGACGUAAUUUUUGGAACUGCAGACUAUGCUGUCUUUGCUAUCACUCUGUUAAUAUCUGCCAGUAUAGGUGUCUACUAUCGAUUUACUGGUGGAAGGCAAAAGACCGCUGUUGAAUAUCUCUUGGCUGACAGAAAUAUGGGUAUCAUUCCAGUCGCAUUUUCUUUGAUGGCGAGUUUUAUGUCAGCCAUUACUUUGCUUGGUGUGAGUGCAGAAAAUUACUCAUAUGGCACCAUGUUUGUUGUUAUUAAUUUAUCAUAUGGGAUAUUCACGCCAGUUGCUGCAUAUUUAUUCUUGCCUGUAUUUUACAACUUGCAAGCAACAAGUGUUUAUGAGUACUUGGAGAGGCGGUUUGGAAAAGGAGCUCGUCUUGCAGGCUCCUUUGCAUUCUCCCUUCAAAUGAUCCUGUACAUGGGCAUUGUUCUCUACACACCAGCAUUGACAUUAGAAGCUGUCACUGGAAUGUCGAAAGUAUGGGCGAUAUUGUCUGUUGGGUUGGUGUGCACUUUCUAUUCAACGAUUGGUGGUCUCAAGGCAGUCCUAAUCACAGAUGUAUUCCAAUCACUCCUGAUGUUUGCUGCAAUUUAUAGUGUGAUUGGCUCGGCUUGGGUUGAAAAGGGAAGUCUAUCUGAAAUUUGGCGAAUUGCUGAAGAAAACGGUCGUAUUGAAUUCGGAAAUUUUGAUAUCGACCCUACUGUUCGACACACAUGGUGGAGUCUUACAUUUGGGGGAGGAGUAACUUUCCUUUCAUUGUAUGCAGUCAACCAAGCACAGGUUCAAAGAUAUUUAGCUGUCAAGGAUGUAAAAACAGCUCAGAAGUCCCUGUGGUUAAACUGGCCUAUACUCAUGCUUCUUAGUUUUUCAACAUCCUUCUCUGGUAUUGCAAUUUACUCAAAGUAUGCUCACUGUGACCCUCGCUCAUCUUGCCAGAUCAGCAGCUAUGAUCAGCUUAUGCCGUAUUAUGUAGUUGAUACAAUGGGCCACAUACCAGGACUGUCAGGAUUGUUUGUGUCUGGAAUUUUCAGUGCUUCCCUAAGCACAGUCUCUGCUGCUGUGAACUCAUUGGCAGCCGUAACUUUAGAAGAUUAUAUCAAGCCUAUUUACACAUGCUUUAAGAAGAAAGACUUGCCAGAUAAAGGUAGUGCCUACCGCGCUAAACUGAUUUCGGUGAUCUAUGGACUAAUUUGUAUAGCACUUGCUUUUAUCGCUGAAUACCUUGGUAGUGUCCUUCAAGCAUCUCUGACAAUUUUCAAUGUUGUUGGCGGACCAAUUUUGGGGCUCUUCUCUCUUGGGAUGUUUUUCCCCUUGGCUAACCAGACUGGUGCUUUAACUGGUUUUCUGUCAUCUCUCGCCUUUUCCCUAUUUUUGGGAUUUCCCACUUCAAGGCCGGCUAUAAAAGCACUUCCUGUGUACAUGGAUGCUUGUCUCAAUCUAAAUAAUACCUGCUCCGUAACUCCAAGCCCUCCUGCUGUGACGAGUGACAGCGACAUUUUCUACUUGUACCGUUUGUCAUACAUGUGGCUUGGUGUGUUAGGAUUGAUUGUAUGCCUGGUUGUCGGCAUAUUCGGUAGUUUAUUGGCAAGCCACGUUCUGAAUAUGCAUCCUGUUAAUCUGUCCAACGAACUAGACCCAAACCUUUUUGUUCCACCUGUAGCCAACAGUCUGAAGAAGAAGCAACAAAUAAUCCACUUAAAAUCACUGAUGGAUGAGAAUUCUGUGAAGACUACGAAUGUUGAGUUGGAUCAAAUUGGAGAUAAUACUUCAAUUUCCAGUGCCCAUAAAAUAGAUGUCCUGCCUCAAUAAAUGUGAUUCAUGCAGUGAGGUUGUGAAUUCAGAAAUGAAGAAAGCUUGUAGCAUCUAGUAGUAUUGUAGGUAUUAGGGGUUUAGGUAGCCUGAGAUACAUGUCAUGUAACAUGUUUGUUUUUUAGUAUAUGUUGUGCGUCUCUGCUCAGCUUGGUAAGCACAAAUACCUGGUGAUAUUUGUAUGAAACAUAAGUCCACAAUACUCUAUUGAGUCAACCUAUCAUUCCAUGAAAGAAGGAAAAUUUGAACAAAAUGUAGUUAGUGAAAAUGUCACCCUAUACCAAUAACUCUCUACUUAAUUUUUUGUUUUUUUGUUACUUUUUCUUUUUGCUACCUACAUUGUUAGGAGCCAAGGCAGCAUUGUACAAAAGCAUUUAUAUUGAGGAUUCAAAAGUAAGUGCCAGUGUUAAGUUUUGUUUGUUUUCUAUUUGUUGUUUUUCCAACCUAAGGACCUGAGUCUGUAGCAAAGAUGUUCAGACCAUUUGAUAAAUGUUUUAUUUCAGUACUUAUUGUAAUGUUGGACCAACAUUUACAUGUUUUGUGAAUGUAUGGAAAGUUUUCCAUGCAUUAGUUGAUACUUGUUAACCACUUUCCCACUUCCUUAUCAUUCCCUAUAUCAUUUUCAAGUAUGUAAAGACCUGAACUGACUUUAAUUGGAAAAGUAUUUUCAUUAACUAUUGCUUGCUAUAUAUUAUAUGAAUAUGUCAUGGUAUUUUCACAGUGUUGUGGAUGCGAUUCCACCACAGACUUGCCUUGCUACUUGUGUUCAUUCGGUGUACUGAACUUGUGUGUUCCUAUAUAUGUCUUGUGCUUUGACAAUAACUUUAACAUAUGAAAAGUACCGCUUGAUGGUCUCCAAAUAAUUUGAAUUUGGUACUGAUCUUCCAUCCCUUGUCUUCCAUUUUAGUUGCUAUUUUCAGCAACAGCUGUUUGUGCGAGUAGUUCUAUUGUUUCAACUUAUGGAAUAUUUUAUGAAAUGUUUCUUGCUAUGUGCUAUUGCAUAUAUUUGUUAUGUAUGUUAUUUUAAAGCGUCGCCUUUUAUUCGGAUGUCGCAAGAUGUUUUUAAAUCCAAUGUAUUUUUGUUUUUGUUAUCUCUCGUUCUUCUAUUUAGCUUAGUUUAUCUGGAAAUGAGACUGAACCCAACCCACCCAAGUAUUCAACCUUGUAACAAAACAUUCAUUGCAAAUUUAGCUUAGUUGCUGUUUUAGCAUCAAAAAUAAACUUGUGUGCAAAUUAAAUGCCAA